AUGGUUCAGUCAGAAGAUCAUAGAUAUGAUGUCUGGUUUGGUUUCGAGCUCGGGAAAGGUUUGGGAGCUAAUUUGCAAGGAAUAGUUGAACCUAUACAACCUGUUCGUCAUUCAACCACUUUUGGCCUGGGAUAUAAAUAUACUACUGAGGAGUGGCUUGAUUGGCAACCACCUAGAGAUGGGUUUCAUGGGAUGUAUCAUUGUGAUCUUUUGGAAGACAUGAAGGGUUUAUCUCUGACUAAGGAGGAAGGAAAAGGUUGCAAUGUAGUGAUCAACGAGGAGGAGAAGGGGGACCCUAGAGGAAGCAUUGAAGCAGGGAUCAGCAUCAGCAUUUGGACCUCAACUCCAUCCAGACCUCGUCAGGCAUCUGGAGGAAGUCGAAGAAGUGAGGUCCCUGAAGAGUUAAUCAGAAAGGUUGAGGAAUUCGAGGAAAAACCCAAUCCGAAUCUAGUGGAAACAGAGGUGGUAAAUCUGGGAAAUUCAGAAGUGGUACAAGAGACCCGAGUAAGCAUCCAUAUGACGAAAGAGGACAAGAAAGAGUAUACAGAGUGUCUCAUGGAGAAUAAGGAUAUCUUCGUCUGGUCCUAUGCAGACAUGACAGGCAUGUCCUCUGUGAAGCAGAAGUUGAGAAAAUACAAGCCUGAGUUGAGUCUGAAAAUCAAGGAAGAAAUAUCGAAGCAAUUAGAUACUGGAAUCCUUCAAGUGACAGAGUACCCGACCUGGCUUGCAAAUGUCGUUCCAGUGCCGAAGAAAGAUGGAAAGGUCAGAGUCUGUGUGGAUUAUCGAGAUCUCAACAAAGCUAGCCCCAAAGAUAAUUUUCCAUUGCCCAACAUACACAUCUUGAUCGAUAAUUGUGCUAAGCAUGAAACACAAUCAUUCGUGGAUUGCUUUGCUGGCUAUCAUCAAAUUGAGAUGCACAAGGACGACGCUGAGAAGACUGCUUUCAUCACACCGUGGGGUGUCUACAAUUACAAGGUAAUGCCUUUCGGGUUAAAGAAUGCUGGCGCUACAUACAUGAGGGCAAUGACCACUUUGUUUCACGACAUGAUCCACAAGGAAAUUGAAGUUUAUGUGGAUGAUGUCAUCAUCAAAUCAAAGAGGGGAUCAAAUCAUCUAGAUGAUCUGCGAAAGUUCUUUGCUAGGUUACGCAAGUAUAACUUGAAGUUGAAUCCUGCAAAAUGUGUCUUUGGGGUUCCUGCUGGAAAGCUCUUGGGUUUCAUUGUCAGCCGCCGAGGUAUAGAACUGGAUCCAUCGAAAAUCAAAGCCAUUCGUGAUCUACCUCCACCGAAGAGUAAGAAAGAGGUAAUGAGUUUCCUGGGUCGACUAAAUUACAUCAGUCGUUUCAUAGCUCAAUCUACUGUUAUUUGUGAGCCUAUCUUCAAGCUGCUAAAGAAGGAUGCUGCGUUGAAAUGGACAGACGAAUGUCAACAAGCGUUUGACAAAAUCAAAGAUUACUUGUCCAAUCCACCUGUGUUGGUUCCACCGGAAUCUGGUAGACCACUGCUGUUGUACAUAUCAGUGUUGGAUAAUGCUUUCAGCUGUAUUCUGGGGCAACAUGAUGAGACUGGAAAGAAGGAGCAGGCGAUAUAUUACAUGAGUAAGAAGUUUACAUUAUAUGAGGCUCGAUAUUCUCUAUUGGAGCGUACUUGUUGUGCUUUAACUUGGGUUGCCCAGAAGCUGCGACACUAUCUCUCCUCGCAUACUACUUAUCUGAUCUCAAGGAUGGACCCUCUGAAGUAUAUCUUUCAAAAGCCCAUGCCUACUGGUAAACUGGCUAAAUGGCAGAUAUUACUGAGCGAGUUUGACAUAGUGUAUGUUACACAGAAGGCAGUGAAGGCACAAGCAUUAGCAGAUCAUAUGGCGGAAAACCCUGUUGAUGAUGAUUAUAGACCUUUGAAGACUUACUUCCCAGACGAAGAAGUGGCUUUUGUCGGGGAAGACAUUUCUGAAGAAUAUGAUGGUUGGAGGAUGUUCUUUGAUGGAGCUCAGAACCUGAGCGGAUCCGGCAUCGGAGCUGUUUUGAUCUCACCAACUGGGCAACAUUAUCCGGUAUCAGCCAAACUCAGGUUCCUAUGCUCAAACAAUAUGGCUGAAUAUGAAGCGUGCAUAUUGGGGCUCCGACGCGCUAUUGACUUGGAUGUCCAGGAAAUGUUAAUAAUAGGAGAUUCAGACUUAUUGAUCCAUCAGGUCCGAGGCGAAUGGGCUACUAAAAAUCGGAAAUUAUUACCAUACUUGGAGUGCGUGCAUAGGUUAUGCAAAAGGUUCAUCAAGGCAGAAUUCAAACAUGUGCCAAGGAUCCAGAAUGAAUUCGCAGAUGCCUUAGCCACCUUAUCUUCCAUGAUUCAACAUCCUGAUCAUAAUUACAUUGAUCUUAUUUACAUCCACAUCUACGAGCAACCGGCAUACUGUUUUCAUGUCGAGGAAGAACCUGAUGGAAAGCCUUGGUACAACGACAUUCGAGGAUAUUUGAAGAGUGGAGAGUAUACAGAGGAUGCAACAAGUGUACAAAAGCGUACAAUUCGGAGGUUAGCGAAUCAAUUCUUUCUAAGUGGAGAAAUCCUUUAUAGGAGGACUCCCGAUUUGGGGUUGCUAAGGUGUGUCGAAGCUGGAGAAGCCAACAGGUUGAUUGAAGAGAUACAUGCAGGAACAUGUGGUCCUCACAUGAAUGGUUUUACACUGGCAAAGAAGAUCUUGAGAUCGGGAUAUUUCUGGCUAACUAUGGAGACAGACUGUAUCCGCUACGUUCAAAAAUGUCACCAAUGUCAGACUCAUGCAGAUAUGAUCAGAGUUCCUCCCAACGAACUCCAUGUUACUAGUUCACCGUGGCCCUUUGCAGCUUGGGGCAUGGACGUUAUUGGGCCAAUCGAGCCAGCGGCAUCCAAUGGACAUAGAUUCAUUCUGGUUGCAAUUGACUACUUCACCAAAUGGGUCGAAGCCACCUCUCACAAAUCAGUGACAAAGAAGGUUGUGGAUGACUUUGUCAAAAAUAAUAUUAUAUGUAGGUUCGGGAUUCCUGAGUCAAUCAUCACUGACAAUGGAACCAACUUAAAUAGCGAUUUGAUGAGAUCAUUGUGUGAGAAGUUCAAGAUCAAACACCGAAAUUCUACAGCAUAUAGACCACAGAUGAAUGGAGCUGUUGAGGCUGCAAACAAGAACAUCAAGAGGAUAUUGCGCAAGAUGAUUGAUAAUCACAAACAUUGGCAUGAAAAGUUACCCUUUGCAUUGUUGGGAUAUCGUACAACCAUCAGAACUUCUACUGGGUCCACGCCUUAUUUUCUGGUAUAUGGUAAUGAAGCUGUGAUACCUGCCGAAGUGGAAAUACCAUCUCUAAGGAUUAUUCAAGAAGCGGAGUUGGAUGAUGCUAAAUGGAUACAAAUUCGGGCGGAAAAUCUUGCAUUGAUAGAUGGAAGGAGGAUUAACGCCGUUUGUCAUGGUCAACUUUAUCAAAAUAGAAUGGCCAGAGCUUUCAACAAAAAGGUUAGACCCAGACAUUUUUCACCUGGGCAACUGGUUCUGAAGCGGAUUUUUCCAAACCAAGAUGAAGCAAAGGGUAAAUUCUCGCCAAACUGGCAGGGUCCAUACAUAGUCUCUCGGGUAUUAACAGGCGGAGCCCUCAUACUUGCAGAAAUGGAUGGAGAAGUUUGGCCCAAACCCAUCAACUCAGAUGCUGUGAAAAGAUAUUACAUCUAA